AUGGAUCAGCUAGAGAGCAUCUUAAGCGGCCUGGCGCCGGGGCACAUAGAGCGGGCGGUGCAGCUGCUGCAGCGCUACACUGCGGCACCAGGCGCGAUCCGAGGGGAGGUGACGGGAGACGCGGAGCCCUCGUCGGUGGGCCUCAAAGACGGUGACGGUGUCGAGGUCGGUGGCGGCUGUGACGCCUUGGCGGGCGGGGCGGAGGCGGUGAGCUCCGUUAUUGCCAUCGCACUGCAGCAGGCGAUCCGUGUUGGCCCCGCAUCCACCGCGGCCAACGCCGCGAGCACCGACUAUGAGGACGACGACGACAUUCCCUUCGCUGCGCUGGUGCAGAAGCGGCAGCAGCAGGCACACGAAGCCCGCGCCCGGGCUGCGGAGGAACACGAAGAGGAGCAUCCAACGAGUCGUGGCGGCCGCACUCUUGCGCGCAAGGGCAAUUCGUUGGCGAAGGGGGUGGGCUCGCUUUCGUCGCAGCAGAAGCAGCACCAAGCACCCGCUAUCGCCGCGCGCAGUCUUGCUAGUUUUGGAUUUGUCACUUCCGCCAGGAAGCCGGCAGCGACAGCUGGGGACAAGAAGAAGCUGAUUACACCCUUUGUGCAGGACAGGCGCGUAGUACCCGUGGCAUUGCGGUUUUGGUGUCAUGACGAGGACGCGCCCGCAAUGCAGGCAGAGCCGUUGGUACCCGCGCUCCAGCCGCAUGCGGCGGCAGUGGCGGAGGAGCCGUGGAGCAUCGCCGUGAAUGAAGAGACCUCCUCGCUGCUGCACUCGCCCGUGAUGUUCUGCGGCGACAAGGAGGAGGCGGAGCAGCAGCAACACGAGGGGCCAGCACGGCGCUAUGCAUCCUUCACGGCGAUGGUAGAUGCCACCACCACCACGUGUGUCGGUAAAGGAAGCGAGCGAGAGCCGCGUUUGCAAUGUCCCUGUACGUACCACGUGAGACUUGCUGCCCCACGCACCGGCUUCAGAAAUGAGGUGGUCUUUUGCGGUUUCUACGCGAUUGGCUACGACCCGUGCCAGGCCCGUCCCCCGUACUUUGGGACGUACAACAGUCAGGACGCGCUGAACACGGAGGAGCUGCUGCAGCUGGCACGCUUUGACACCGGGAAGGAGAUGAUACGAAUCUCAAAUCUCGAUUACGAGUACGACUCCGGGGAUGACUGGGACGUGGUGGAGGGGGACGAGGACCUCGAGGCGUCCAGCAGCGACACCGACGAUGAGGAGGAUGACGACGAGGCGGAAUCCGACAGCGACAGUGGCGGAGACUUCAUCAACGACAACAACGACGAGGAUGGCGACUCAGAUGCGGAGCUGCAGCGGAAAAUGGUGGAGGAGCGGCAGCGGCGGCUUAAUCGGCUGCGGCACAAGGAUAAGCUGGUCCCAGCCUUCAGUGGACCGUUUGUAGGCGUCCCCUGGCUUGAGCACCCGCUCCGUGCAUACGACAGGCUGGAGCGACUGGGCUCCGCACUCGACGGCGCCGCAUUCACAGCAUUGAUGGAGCAGGAGAUGCGUGGGUUGGGCUCCGUCAUGGCUUCAAGCUCCCCCCGUGCCGCCAAUGGGGGUGGGAGCGGCGCUGAGGCGACGGAUGCGGAUGCGGAUGCGGAUGCGGGUGGCACGGUGGAUCACAUGGAAGAGCGGAUGCUGCAACAGCGGUUGGUCGCGGCGGCGCUUCGCAACCGGCGAGAGAUGCUGCCGGAGGAACUGGACGCCGUGCACGCCAUCGUGGCGGCGAACGGGAAGGUGUCGCCCAAGGCCAUCGUGGAGGCCCUGCAGGAGCAGCAUUUGUGCGUGGGCGUUGCGCGGGCGGAGAUUCUUCGCACCAUUCGACGGUACUAUGAACGCAAGCAUAACACGAUGGUGCGGCGGACGGAGCCGUGGUCUCCAACGGACGAGCGGCUUUUUACGAAGCAUCGGGGCGGCGGGGGUAACAGCAACAACAGGAAUGAUCCCACCCAGAAGGAGAGUAACAGCAAUAAUAACAGUAACGGUGCGCUGGAACGCGGCCGCGGGGAGGAUGAGGAGGAGGAGGACUGUGAAGGCGAUGAGGAUGUGCCGCUGAUGGAACUCGCACGCAAGCGGCCACGCGAGGAGGCGGAUAAGAUUGUGGUGGAGGCUGAAUGA